AUGUAUAUUGCAGACGUCACCAACACUCGAAUUCUUCAAUGGAAAGUAGGUGCAAGUUCUGGAGUAAGCAUCGAAGGAAUGACAGUAUAUGGUACAUCUACUAUUAGCUUCGAUCCGAAUGGAUCACUUUUUAUUGCUGAUACUGCAAAAAAUCGUGUACUAAGAUUUGCUGUUUCUUGUCUGCCUAUUUCGAAUUCAAACUGUCCAAUGACUCUUUGGGCAUCGAAUGCAACAACAAUUGCUGGUUCACCUAUGGGUAUUGCAGGUUUUACUUCAACAUUGCUCUCUAAUAUAGUAGACGUCAUGGUUGAUAAAAAUGAUUCGAUUUAUGUUUUGGAUUAUGGUGCAUACUAUCGUAUGCAAAUUUUUUAUCCAGGUAGUCAAUUAGGAAGGACAAUCAUUAACGCCACCAUUGGUUCAGGUCUCAAUCAGUUCACUUCCGGCGUCACCGCCAUCAACAUAGAUGUGAAUGGUAAUAUGUAUGUACUUGACGCGAGAGCCAGUCGUGUUACGAAGUGGGUCCCAGGAGCAUCAGCGGGUCUAGUUGUUGCGGGUGGUAAUGGAAAAGGCGAGACUCUUAACAGACUAAAUAGUCCUUGGGGCUUUUUCGUUGAGCCAAAUACAGCCUAUAUUUGGAUAGCCGAUUCAAAUAAUAAUCGCAUUGUAAAAUGGAUAAAUAAAUCGACUGCCAUACUAGUUGCCGGAGGUACUCAAGGUUCUCAAGCUAAUCAAUUUGAUGGUCCAAACGGAUUAUUCGUCGACACAUCUGAUUCGAAUACAGUUUAUGUAGCAGACUACUUUAAUCAUAGAAUCCAAAAAUGGCUUUAUGGAGCAAGCAAUGGAACAACAGUCGCCGGACAAUCAACUGUGUCUGGUAGUGCACUUAAUCAACUUAGUUACCCAUAUACUUUGACUAUGGACACGAAUAAAUCAUUGUACAUUGUGGACAACGGAAAUAAUCGAAUCGUUUUAUGGUUAUUAGGAUCUACAUCGGGUAUACUCAUUGCUGGUUCAAAUACUUACGGAGUAUUACCAUCUCAACUAUAUCAGGCUUACGAUGUCAGACUUGAUUCAACUGGAGCACUUAUUGUCAAUGAUUACGGUAACAAUCGGAUUCAAAGAUUUCCUGUUCUUUGCUGUAAGUUUAAUAAAUAAAUAUCCAAUUUAAUUCAUUUUUAUAAAUAUAUUUGAAGCGUAUAGAUACGUUUAACGAGAGACCGUUGCUAACUACCUGAUCGGAUUUUUUAGUAUAAACUAUUGCAUUAGAGAUUAUUCACUAUGUAGAUUCCGAAUAUGAUUAUGAAAAGUCCUCUUAGAUCUUCAUGGGAUGGUUUUCUAGAAAACCAUUUUGAGAAAUAAUAAAUUUUUUACUAACUGCUAUUUUAAUCUGUCCGUAUUAUGAAGUGUAUCAAAUUGUCUAUAAAACAACUGUUUCUGUUUUAAAUUGAAUCCUCGAGAACAUACGAUCAUGUAAAUCCAUAUAACAGAUGCACACUAGAAUAACUUAAUAUUAAAAUAGAAAGUUUCUAUUAUUUCUCUUGGAGUUCAUUUUUGCAAAACAGGAAAAACUGUCCUAUUAAAGACAAUUUGAUGUACUCUAUAAUUUCAACAGAUAAAAAACAAUAUUUAAUUAAAAUUUUGUUAUUAUUGAAUAUCAUCCAGAAAGAAAAGAAAAUUUUUACUCACAAUUGAUUUUUCUUAAUCAUAUUUUUUUAUUUCAUAUCUUCUAGCACCAAAUACGGCGUCAUCA